UAUCCCUACAUGAUCUGAUGAACCUUCAAAUCCUUCUUCUUCUCUUACUAUUCUGCCACGUGGCAGCCGUCUGUCGGGACACUGAAACAUGCAUUGAACGAGUGAAAGAAGUGGUUGCUGCUCCGAGACGUUUCUGGUUUGGAGAGCAACGGUCAGCUCUUUGUUCCAACCGAAAUGCAAAAUCUCUAGAGUGUGGUGGACCUCCACAGCUGGCAAGCUUCCAUUCAAUUGCUAGUCGGCUUUUCAGAGUCAAAACUUACCAUUCUGCAUAUCUACGUAACUUAUAUAUCUUCCCAAGAGUUACCUAUCGAGCUUCACCUGGACAUUAUCGUGCUUGUGAGCAUGACUUCUUCAGUGGAAAUACUUCUGCAGUUCAAGCAGAUCCUGAUAUGGAUCCUGUUGAGCCGUUCAGAAUCAGAAAGCGCCCUGAGAUUACUUGGAGUGGACUUCAAUAUGAUGAGCAAUACACAGUUGUCAUCACUGAUGUUGGAUAUGCAACAAUUAACUUUUUGGCAGUUGAUUUCCCAAAAGCAACAAAGAUUUUGAAAGAUUAUGAGCCAACAGAGAAUUAUCGUCCAUCUCCAAAUCCAAUGGUUGUACUUGUUUUUCGAAACGGAAGAGCUGAUAUUGAAAGUCCGAAAAGUGAAGAAGAUUUUAAUUUGCCACAAUUCAUGUUGAAGCAUGAACUUGAAGAUGAUCUAGUUGGAUUGUCUUUAAUAGUUGCAAGUAGUGAUCCAUUUGCAAUCGAAAAGCAGAGAUUAAGAGGAAAAGUUGAUUAUUGUCACAGUCUUCUUCAGAAAAGACUUGCAUCAAAUCCUCCACGUCACCAUACAAUUCUUCAUCGUCUUCCAAUCGAUGAAAUUGAUUCAUGGCUUUCAGUAUCAUUUGAUCAACAUCAAGUUAAUGGAAAUGUUUGCUGUCAAAGAAUUAAGCUACCGAAAACAUCCAUAUUCCUGGAUCCUCUUGGUGACGUGUCUAUUUCUGCACUGACAACUUUAACACCUCCAUCAAUAAGUUCAAUGAGAAUAUCGUCAUCACAAUCCAAUUAUAUUAACUAUCACCGACAGACUAGAAAUUUCGUUGAGCUCUCAAAUGAAAAGUUUUCUCUUGCCAUAAUCGAUGCUCAUCACGGUCACUUGCAUUGGCUCGAAGUAGACAUUCCGGCGGCUAACUUGAAUGCAGCCAAUGGAAAUGGGCUCACGAAAGCCGACUACGUGCCGUUGAUUCCAAAGAAGCCGUCCACGUGUCAUUCGUAUCUGUUUGUACUUCUUGCUCAGCCAGCAUCAAUGCAAACAUUGGAAUCAUAUUGUGAAGGAAUGUGUGAGACGAGGAAAAAGUUCAGAUUAGAAUUGUUCAAGCAACAACAUGGUCUGCGUCUCUCAGCUCUCUCCACAGUCUCAUCUUGCUAUGAUCUACCAUAUGCUUAUCAUAUCCUAAUGAAGGAUGCAAGUCAGAAUCGAACAAUGGAACGUCGUGGUAGCAAGCACCGGUCUUCUCUAUAUUCAGAUAUGUCUUCGGAAGUAUGUGCUGCAUUCCAUGUGUCUCCACAUCACAAGUGUCCAAUAAGUCAAUCAUCCUUCACUGUUUCAAUAAUUGGAGCAGUUUUUCUUGUUGUUCUUGCUCACUUGUUCUAGGUUUAAUAUUUUGUUUCUUCUGUUUCUUACGGGUUCUAUUCAUUUUCACCCAUUUUAGAACAUCAUUCUCUGCUGUUUUCCCAGUGUUUUCUUAAACAAUAUAAACCAUUAAAAUGAACUCGA